AAGCCUUGUAAAUGUGUACCAGACCACAAACAAACAAUGAUUAUGUUUGUAUGUGUAGGCUUCACAGGCAUAUGGAAAUAAUUUAGAGCUCCAGGAGUCUCUUACAUCCCACUACAUCUCAGAUUACUGCAUUAUAAAGCAGUGCCAUGGAGAGUCUCACUCGUGCUAACGGUCUCUUCGCUCUGGAUCUCUAUCGGGCUCUGAGCGUGAGCAACGCUGAGGGAAACGUGUUCUUUUCUCCACUGAGCCUCAGCGCAGCGCUCGGCAUGGUCUACUUGGGAGCCCGAGGACACACAUCUGAAGAAAUGGCAAAAGUUUUGUACUUCAGUUCUGUCUCUGAUGUUCACUCUCAUUUUAAAACCCUCACUUCAUCCAUCAACAGACCAUCAGCCUCCUACAUCCUCAAACUGGCCAACCGCCUCUAUGGAGAGAAAACCUUCAGCUUCUUACGUGAGUAUUUGGACUCCACCCUGAAGCUGUACCACGCUGAACUUCAGGCUGUGGACUUCAUUGGAGCAUCGGAGAAGUCAAGACAGCUCAUUAACGAAUGGGUGGAAAGGCAGACAGAUGAUAAAAUUAAGGAUCUUCUUCAGCCUAAAAUAGUAACUAAGUCGACGAGGCUAGUUCUGGUUAAUGUCAUCCACUUCAAAGGGAAAUGGAUGCAACCAUUUGAAGAAAAAGACACUAAAGAAAUGCCAUUUAAAAUAAACCAGAAUGAGAGCCGGCCGGUGGAAAUGAUGUACCAGAGUGAUAUAUUCCCCUUCAGAAGCAUCCCAGAGUAUGAACUGCAGGUGCUGAAGUUGACAUACGAAAAGGAGGAGCUCAGCAUGUUGAUCCUUCUUCCAAAUGAAACUCAGGAUGGCUCUGACCCUCUUCUGAAGCUGGAGAGUGAGUUGACCCUUGACAAGCUGCUUGAUUGGACCAAAAGAGAAAAAAUGCCCAGACCGAUGGAAAUCAGAGUCUAUUUGCCAAAGUUUAAGCUGGAGAUUGAGAGCUCCCUACCAGAAACACUGCAAGAGAUGGGUAUGAGCUCUGUGUUCCAGGAAACAAAGGCUGAUCUGACAGGCAUGAGCAGCAGUCAGGACGGCCUCUAUAUGUCAGCGGUGGUUCACAAGGCCUGUGUCGAUGUGAAUGAGGAAGGCACUGAGGCAUGGGCAGUCAGUGCAUUGACGAAUCCGGUAGGCUAUCUUUCUCUACAACAACGUCAGAGUUUCAUAGCCGAUCACCCCUUCAUGUUCUUCAUCCGGCACAACACCACUAACAGCAUCCUCUUCCUUGGCAGAUUUAGAGGCCCAUCCUAGAAAUCUGGUGUAUUUUUUUCUCUGUUACAACCAAAUGAAGUGUGUUUUUCAUUGAAUGAUUUAUCAAUUAAAUAAACUACACAAUAUGCAUUUGUUUUGUGUGUGUGUGUGUGUUCACAAAUAAUCCCAGAUAACUUAUCGCAGUGUUUCUCAGCUCCAUGCAGUCCUGGGAAUUCAACUCCCAGAAUGUUUUUAAGGGGUCAUGAACUGUGUUGUUUUAUUGUUUUAUAAUGUUUCCUGAGGUGCACUUAUAAUGUUAAUGUUUUUUUUUUGUCAUAAAUUGUCAUAAUUAAAAAAUAAACUGCAUUUUUCCUA